UUAAAUGUGGCAGUCACAUUAGUCUUACUAAAGGCUGCUCGGUAACCUUAACUGAGCAAAUGCAAACGAGUUUUAGCGGAUGUUCCCCUCUGAGCGCGCUGACUUAUGGGUAAUGUAAAGUGCAGGCGGCAUAACACGCCGAAAAAAUAGCUUGUGUAGUUCCGUCAGCUGGCGAGGUUAAAUGUGUUGUAAGUGUACGCUGUUAGCAUGUCCAUCGCUUGUUUCUGUCCGUUUAAGUAACAAGGUAGCUCGUCUACUCCUUUGAUAACAGACAUGAGUCUGAACGAGCAUUCACUGCAAGCACUGUCCUGGAGGAAGCUGUACCUGAGUCGAGCUAAACUGAAGGCUUCCAGUCGGACAUCCGCUCUGCUCUCUGGAUUUGCAAUGGUGGCUAUGGUAGAAGUGCAGCUGGACAACAGCUAUCCUUACCCACCUGCUCUCCUUAUUGCCUUCAGUGCCUGCACCACUGUCCUUGUGGCUGUUCACCUGUUCGCUCUGAUGGUCAGCACCUGCAUUUUGCCCAACAUAGAGGCUGUCAGCAACGUUCACAACCUCAACUCUGUGAAUGAGUCGCCACAUGAGCGAAUGCACCGACACAUUGAAUUAGCGUGGGCUUUUUCUACAGUUAUUGGGACUUUGCUCUUCCUGGCUGAGGUGGUUCUACUCUGCUGGGUCAAAUUUCUGCCUAUUAAGCCCAACAAAUCCAGUAAUAACACAAUUUCAGCGGGCGUGGCGGCUGCUAUUACCUCCACCUCUAUCAUGGUCCCCUUUGGUUUGGUCUUCAUAGUCUUUGCUGUGCAUUUCUACCGCUCCUUGGUCAGCCACAAGACUGACAGACAGUUUCAGGAGCUGGAGGAGCUAUCUAAUCUCACCAGGCUACAAAAUGAGCUGGACAACAGAGGGGAAUCAUCCAUCUUGCAGUCUCCUAGCUCACAUUUCCCAUAGACGUAUGGUGGAUAUGCAUCUAUGGUGGAACUCUGAUUCCUUGGGAUCUCUCCAAGCCACAUUAUUGGCUUAUAAUUUUUUUUUUUUACAGGAAUGAAGAUAUCUCACCUAUUUGUUGUGAAAUGUACUUUUGUGAACAUAAUUUUUAUUUUUUAGAAAACAGGUUUGAUCAACUGUGAACUCAAAUCUCCCAUAGUGCAUGUAACUUGAAAUUCUACUGUCUGCUGUGAUAGUUGCUUGAUUUAUCUCUUACAUUAUGGCAGAGACAUCUGAACGAUAACUUGGAAUCCUGUCUGUUGCCUGCUGCGUUAAUUUAAUCAUUUAUCAGUGAACAAUGCCUUUGUUAAUAUAUAUUACUUUUUGUGUUUUGUAAACCACAGGUAUUUUACCCUACUUAUUCACCGUGCACAUGAUUUCUUUUUUAAUGUUCACAAUUUGCAUUUGUAAUGCCUGCUGUUUGUGUAGACUGACUCAACAGCUGCCAAUUACUGUAGCACAGGCUGUGGUGUUAAAAUAAACCUUUUUACCAAGUGGCAAUCAG